CCAUUGGAAAUCCUACUAACUGAACGGAUUGAGUUGCAGAAAGUGAGAGUAGUUGAUGGCCACCCAAAAUAACCAAACGAAGCUCUACUCCCAUUCCCACUCUCCAUUGCAAUGGACGCUCUGCUCGCGGCUUCUCAUCUCUCCCACCUUAAACUCAAACCCCAACUUCCCACUCUCUCUCACCCUCCUCCACCAACUUCUUUGCCCUUCCGCCUCCGCCAAUCCCGCCAAAACCUCCUUCUUUCCGCCGCCCUUCAGACCCCCCAACAAGAAGCGGAGGAGGGAUUAGCUCCGCCGCGAUUCGAGGACUACGACGAAGAUGAAACUUACGGCGAGGUUAACAAGAUCAUCGGCAGCAGGGCCACCGAGGACGGAAAGGGAAUGGAGUACCUGAUAGAGUGGAAAGACGACCAUUCCCCGACCUGGGUCCCGUCCGACUACAUUGCCAAGGACGUCGUCGCCGAGUACGAGACCCCGUGGUGGACGGCCGCCAGGAAGGCCGACGAAUCCGCUCUCCGGAAGCUCGUCGAGGCCGGCGACGGGAGGGACGUGGACGCCGUCGACGAGGACGGCCGGACGGCUCUGCUCUUCGUUUCCGGGCUGGGCUCGGAGGAGUGCGUCAAGCUAUUAGCGGAAGCGGGCGCGGAGAUCAAUUACCGGGACAAGCGCGGCGGCUUGACGCCGCUCCACAUGGCCGCCGGCUAUGUCCGACCCGGCGUGGCGAAGCUGCUGAUCGAGCUCGGAGCGGAUCCCGAGGCGGAGGACGACAGAGGGCAGACGCCUCUGGACUUGGCAAGGAUGAUUCUGAAGCAAACUCCGAAGGGAAACCCGAUGCAAUUCGCACGAAGAGUAGGGUUGGAGAAUGUAAUUAGGGUUCUAGAAGACGCCAUUUUUGAGUUCUCUGAAGUGCAGGAGAUCCUGGAGAAGAGAGGCAAGGGCGAGAACGUUGAGUAUUUGGUGAAAUGGAAAGAUGGAGAGGACAACGAAUGGGUGAAGGGUUGGCUGGUAGCCGAGGAUUUGGUGCGCGAUUUCGAGGCCGGGCUGGAGUACGCAGUGGCGGAGUGUGUGUUGGAGAGAAGGGAAGGGGAGAGUGGGAAAAUGGAGUACUUGGUGAAGUGGUCAGACAUUGAGGAGGCAACAUGGGAGCCUGAGGAAAAUGUUGAUCCCACCUUAAUACACGAGUUUGAAAAUGAUGGUAAAAAGUUGUGAGUGGAGCUGUUAUUGGGAAGCCAGUGUUUUACUACAUCCCUGGGUAAUAUUAUGCUGCACUUCUCUGUCCCUUUGGGCCUAUAAAUUUUUAACUUUUUUUUUCUUAAUUCAGAAAAUGAGUGCUUUGUCUUGACAAGAUGUAUUCCACAAUCUUUGAUUAAUUCUUAUAUUUGUAGCCUAGAUAUUUAGUCAGUAAGAGAUACUAUGCUCUCCUUCUAAAUUUAUCUCAUAAGAUUCAAGUU